AGUACACAUCAACCUACCACCACAAUUUCUAAAAUGUCAUCGCUUUGUAGGUUAGAAACAUAGAAAACAUACUCGUACAAAAUCCCGAUUCCACGAAAGAAAAAAACACAAAAUUAAGUCGUCAGUUUAAAAUUAAUCGUACAUAUCUCGAAAACCCGCCAAAAUGACCAUAGACAGAGCAGCCACAGACCCCACAAACUCCUCACUCGAAACCGACUACGACGAAAAGACAGGCGUAAGCGACUCCAACGAAGAACCAGCGACUCCUCCCUCCGAGAAAACCGAAGAAGAACCGGAAUGGACCGACCUCCUGGGCAGCGGCAGCGUCAUGAAGAAGAUAAUCACCCAGGGGAGCCCCAACACCAGACCCGACAGACGCAUGAAGUGCGUGGUAAACUAUGAGUUGACCCUGGCAGACGGCAAGCUCGUGGAGCGCAAAGACAACGUGGAGAUCCAGCUGGGGGACUGCGACGUGGUGCAGGGGCUGGACGUAGCCGUAGGGCUGAUGAACGUGGGCGAGAAGUGCAGGCUGAAAAUCGAGCCCCGACUGGCCUUCGGCACCGUGGGGCUGUCGCCGAAGAUCCCGCCGAAUGCGAAGGUGGUGUACGACGUGGAGCUGGUGGCGGCGGAGCCGGAGGAGGACCCAGAGAGUUUGUCGAUUUUAGAACGGAAAUUGCAAGGAAACAAAAAGCGGGAGCGCGGGAACUGGUGGUACGGCAGGGGUGAAAACACCCUCGCGAUCCAAUGCUACCGACGAGCCCUAGACUUUCUGGAUGAAGUAGAGGGUGGUAUUACCCCCACCGAGAAGAAAUCGGAAGAGGUGUCAGAUUCCGCGCUUCAAGACUUGCUGGAGGACCGGAUUAGUGUGUGUAAUAACAUGGCCGCGGCCCAAAUUAAACUGGAAUUGUACGAUGCGGCCCUGAAUUCCCUGCAGACUGUGUUGAGGUGUCAGCCUAAUAACGUUAAGGCGUUGUUCAGGAAAGCCAAAGUGCACAAGGCGAAGAAUGACUUAAAUGCCGCUGUUAAGUGUCUUAAAAAGGCCGACGAAGUUUCGCCUAGUAAUCCUGAUGUACAAAAAGAACUGGCGUCGAUUAAUAAGUUGAUGCAGAAGCAGAAGGCUAGUGAGAGGGAGUUGGCGAGGAGGAUGUUUGGGGAUAGGAAGACGAGCGUGAAAGAGAAAAAGAAUGAGUCCAAACAUAAUAUCCUUUUAUGGAGUGCGACGCUAGCGGCGAGUUUCGCAAUCGGUCUGGUGGGGAUCGCCGCCUACAGGUUGAAGUUCGCAUGAUGGGUUUUAUAUACACUGGUAAUAGGCAUUUAUGUAAAUUUAUUGUUCCUUGGUUAUAGAGUUGGUUGUUAUUGUAUUUUUCAUGUAUGAAUAAACUUAACCUCAGCACCCUCUGUAGGUAACUCCAAAGUCGAAACAA